AUAUAAAAAAAUUCAAUGUCCUUAUUUCUCUAUCUGUUGCUGUGUUCGGCAGUGCAUGAUGUUUCUCCAGUUGUCUUCCAGCAUGUUCCAUGUUUGAUCAUCUGCCCUGCAUGUAUUAAUGUGAUAAGUUGUGUGCAUAGACUCAAGUCAAGUCUCAUGGUUUUGUUUUAUUUGUGCACACGUCACAUCCUAAACUCAUUCAAACGUCAAGUUUUUUCUUCGUCUAAAUGUAAAGCCUUAAAUGACAUAAACAAUGUCUAAAAUGUAAAAACCAGGACAAGAAAAGUAUUUUAUAUUUGUGGCUACUCGCAAAAUCGCUUUUAUAAAAGUGAAAAUGCUAGUUUCUAUUUUUCAGAUUUUAGUGAAAGCCUCUUACAGGGGCACGCAAAAUCCGGUAACGGAACCAAUUGUUUUUGUUUGUUGCAGCGGUCGGUAUAUACAGACGCACACUGAAAUGUAAAUAAGUUGUAGGAACCCUAGAAUGAGAACACGCUUUUGUUAAAAAAUACUGUUUUGAAACACUUAAUUUUUUAGGUUAAGUUUCUGUUAUCGUUAAGAAAAAAGUGUUUGUUUCAAAAACUGGUAAAACUUCUUUUUAUCCUGCUUUAAUCAGUGAAGUGAUGAAUUCGAAAAAUAUUUGUGAAAUGUCCUCAGAGCACAAGGUCCAGGAUUUAAAAAACAAUCGACUGUUGUCAUCAAACCUUAACUGCCUGCGGGAGGCGGGGGGUGUUGGAGGGCACGGGAGGGGAGUUUAGUUGUUCCCGUCAGGGUCAGAGUCUGUGUGCGUGUGCGUGUGUAUGUGAGGAUGGUGCAGACCAGCUGUCAGGGAGAGGUUUCUCAGCUCGUCGCCACAAAAGAGGUGAAACCGAAAUGAGUGGGAACUGUCAGUAUCCUGGAGCUCUUCAUGCUGGACCCUGUCUCCAUGGAGACCCAGACCACAACAAAAAGCCAUCCUUCCUCACAGAACAUCUGACAUCUCCUGCGACAGAAAAGCCCCUUCAUCAUGCACCAUUUAUCUCCCAUCAGUUAUUAAAAUUACAGAUCAGAGUGUCUGGACAGAAGGCUAGUCUUGGGAUCAGUAUUGCUGGUGGGAAAGGCUCUCUGCCGUACAAAGACCAUGAUGAGGGCAUUUUUAUCUCCCGUGUUAGAAAAGGGGGGCCAUCAGAAAAAGCAGGGAUCCACGUUGGAGACAGAUUACUGGAGGUCAAUGGGCUCAGCAUGCUGGGUGCGACCCACCAUGAGGCAGUCAGCACGCUCAGGAAUGCUGGGAGCUGUAUCAAGAUGAAAGUCCUCCGGGAGAGGAUGAUGCUGCCUACAGAUGAACCCCAGGAUCCCGGAGAUAUGAUUGAUGGUGUGGAUUUACCACAGCUGUGCGGAGUCCAGAGGAGCAAACAGUCCAGGGUAGACGCUGCCCCUGACUGUUUGCCCAGGAAGAUUGAGGCAGUUCUCUGCAAUGGCAGCAGCACUUCUGACCUGGAGGCAGCGGCAACAACAAAGGACUCACAUUUGGUCAGAAAGCACAUGAUGACAUCCUGUUUGUCUGUUUGUGGCUCUCAGAUCCCACGGAUCAUCCUCACUCAUCCCUCUGUCUCUGAUGAAGAUGUAGAGCUCUUGACGCAGAGCAGUAGCAGCAGAGAGCUGCCACACAACUCUGACAUUCCUGACAGACACGUAAACCCUGAUUGUUUCGAUUGUGCUUUCUACCCACCUUGACCACCACGUCUGGGAACACUGGUAAAGGAUGCAGACUGCUAUUAUUACCUCCAUCUUUGUGCUUUUACAUACUGAAGAAUUUCAUUCAUUCUGCAGAGAGACCAGUGUCAUACAACUCUCUUUUCAGUGUUUCUAAAGGUUUUUGUUUGUCAUAUCCAAAGGCUGACGAUGCUAGUGAAGGAUGUGGACAACGUAGAGAUCAUGCAGCACAAUUAAUCUAUUUUCACUGGAAAUCUGCAGUUUUUUCGUUACUGUCACAUUGCUUUUAAUGGAAGUGGAGUUCAUUAUUGCUCUGUUGUGAACAGUCAUCCCACCACCGAGUGGUUCCGGCUACCUGUGCCCCACAGCAAUCUGCCUUACUGUAAGAUGUUGAUGUUGAGGUUUUGCCUCCGAAAGGUGUGAGGUCUGAAAACAUUUUCACUGUCGGCUUCGAGAUAAAAUGCCACACGGUUUAACAGACAGAGCAGCAGGAGGUGGAAUCCUUCAGAAUCCUGCGAAAGACUGACCUCAGCUUCGCAUCCUCCUAUCUGCUGCACGGGCUGACUUCAAGGACAUGGGAUUAUACACACACUGUGUGUGCAUCAAAGUUUGUGGAAAAUAAUAAAAGCACCCCAAAAUGUACAGAGCAUAGAUGUCAACACUUUGUGUGUAACUUUGAAGUACUUUAGACACUUCUAGCAUCUGUGUGGUGUUCACCCUCUCAGUAGAGGAAACUCUGUUGGUUCAAGUGGUUUUCUCUUCAGUGGAAGACAAGCUGUAUGAUACGGAUGUGAUGGUAAAAGAUAAACUCUGCACAAGGGGUGCAUCACUAAAUAAAAAAGAAGAAUAACGAAUCAUUAAUACUUUGAUCUUCAAUGGCUUUUCAUUCAUUUUCAUAAUAUCUAGCUAUUUUCACGACCUGACAAAUGUAGCCUUAACUCUAACGGAGUCAUGUGUCCAGUCCAGAUUGUUACUGACCAUAUUUUUGGCGUUUUUCUCUCUUUUACUCCUUUCCAAGAAUGCUCAUGGCAGCAGAACUUCCAUUUAAACUUUUACAAUGAGGCUUCGUCAAACUCUGACACCAGAAACCUUUCUCAGUGUCUGCAUUAGAUCCUGGUUUUAUUUCAGCAAUUUUCUCCAGUCGCAUUCAGAAACUUUUUGUCAGAUGGAGAUAUUUUUGUCCUACAGCUUCAAUGUCUAUCUUGAACUUUCUUGAAGUUUUUUUGUUUUGUUGCUUUUUUAACACAAUUCUGGAUGAAUAUUAGUUCACCACUGGGGUAUUCUAAGUUAUAUCUAGUAGCACUUCCCCCAUUUAAUCAGAAUGGUUGUUUAUUGUCAAAUACAUUAACAUAUACAGUGCAUUUUACUUGUUUUUUUAUUGCAUAAUAAUAAAAAUGACUAGGAAUCAUAAUGCAUAAAUUAUAAAAUAAUAUACACAUGGUUAAAACAAAAUGGAAAAUAUACCACCCAGAGGGAUGGCAUCACAUAAAGGAAUUAUUACAUGUGUUAUGAAUACAUUUAUUUAGAACAUUUUUCUCACUUAUGCCACAGGCUGUUAGUUCUCCUAAUGGCUGUGUGGUUGGGAUAAAUAUUAUGCUUAGAAAUGUAAUUAUUCCACUAAAGUCUGCCACAGGAAGUUAAAUGUGAUAAACACAAAGAAGAGGAAAUCUCUAGCCCUUCACCCACGAAAAAAAAGUUUGUCUAUUUUAAGUGUAUUCAGAUCUGUCAAUGUCAAAUGUAUAUAAAAAUACUGCACCACAGGACAGAAGUUGUGAUUUGGUUUUGUGAUCUCUUUGUUGCGAUGAAACUUACGGGGGGCAGAAACUUUUGAUGGAUGGUUGACAUUCUAAAUAUUUGAUAGGAAUUAUUUAUUUAUAUGCCUUCAAAGCUGUGUAGGCCAUGUAUUUAGUGAAGCACGUCAAACGUCCCUUUGUUUUUGUCAGUGGAUUUCUAUUAGUGAUAGACACAGUGGUCGGUGGAAGCUGAAGGUUGGAAACUGACAGGCUUUAGUUUCAGGAUGGAAUCUUCUCUGAUGUUUAACUUAGGUUUCCUCAGCAGGUCGUCUCCUUUCUCUGGUCACUAACUGACCUCUAAGAAAACUACCUGACGUGUGCUGUGCUUCCUACUGACUGACAAAGUCACGGAGAAAUAUCGCUGCUGAUUGCUGCAUCUGCUUGGACUGUGGAUUUUAAUGGGAAGGAAACAAAAUUACACAAAAACGUGGAAACAAGAUUUGUUGGAAAAUUCCUAGAAAGUUUUAUUAGCUGCAGUGA